GGCGCGGGCGGCGCAUCCGGUGACGUGCGGGCGCGCGGGGCCGCUGCCGGCGGCGCCAGGAUGCGGGUGAAGGUGCUGAGCCGCAACCCGGACGACUACGUGCGGGAGACCAGGCUGGACCUGCAGCGCGUUCCCAGAAACUAUGACCCUGCACUGCAUCCAUUUGAGGUUCCCCGGGAGUACACAAGGGCUCUGAAUGCAACCAAGCUAGAACGUGUGUUUGCAAAACCAUUUCUGAGUUCACUUGAUGGCCACAGAGAUGGAGUUAAUUGCAUGGCCAAACAUCCAAAGAGUUUGUCAACAGUGCUGUCUGGAGCUUGUGAUGGAGAGGUUAAGAUCUGGAACUUGACCAAGCGACAGUGCGUUCGGACCGUACAGGCCCACGAAGGCUUUGUGCGCGGCAUGUGCGCUCGCUUCUGCGGGACGUCCUUCUUCACGGUUGGUGAUGACAAAACUGUGAAGCAGUGGAAAAUGGAGAGCCCAGAAUAUGGAGAAGAGGAGGAACCUAUUCAUACAAUUCUUGGGAAGACAGUGUAUACAGGAAUUGAUCACCACUGGAAGGAUCCUGUUUUUGCCACUUGUGGCCAGCAAGUGGACAUUUGGGAUGAGCAAAGGACAAGUCCCAUGUGUUCUCUGACAUGGGGGUUUGAUAGCAUCAGCAGUGUAAAAUUCAAUCCCAUUGAGACAUACCUUUUGGGAAGCUGUGCUUCUGACAGAAAUAUUGUGCUGUAUGAUAUGAGGAAAUCAACUCCCUUAAAGAAGGUUAUCUUGAACAUGAGGACAAAUACACUGUGUUGGAACCCCAUGGAAGCUUAUGUUUUCACAGCAGCCAAUGAGGACUAUAACUUAUACACUUUUGAUAUGCGCUACCUGGAGUCACCUGUGAGGGUGCACAUGGAUCAUGUCUCUGCUGUUCUGGAUGUGGAUUACUCACCCACUGGAAAGGAGUUUGUCUCUGCCAGCUUUGACAAGUCUAUCCGCAUUUUCCCUGUGGAAAAAGGUCACAGCAGGGAGGUGUAUCACACCAAACGAAUGCAGCAUGUCAUCACAGUGAAGUGGACUUCAGAUAACAAAUACAUCCUGUGUGGCUCAGAUGAGAUGAAUAUUCGUCUGUGGAAAGCUAAUGCUUCUGAGAAACUGGGAGUGCUUGCACCCCGAGAGAAGGCAGCUAUGAAUUACAACCAGAAGCUGAAGGAGAAGUUCCAGUAUCACCCAAAGAUCAGACGCAUAGCUCAGCACCGGCACUUGCCCAAGAGCAUCUUCUGCCAGGUUAAGGAGCAGCGCAUCAUGAGAGAGGCUCGCCGCAGGAAGGAACUGAACCGUCGUAAGCACAGCAAGCCAGGAUCUGUGCCAGUGGUGUCGGAGAGGAGGAAGCAUAUUGUGGCAGUAGUGAAAUAGUUGUGCUCCCCUGGACAAAAUGCCUCUCUUCAGUGAGCCAGGACAAAUUUGAUGGACAUUGGUAAGACAGUGUAGACAUGGCCUUUCCUCCAAAUACAUGCUUUGGUUUCUCAAGCUCUCUGCUUUCCACAGUCCUUAGAAUUGGCCCUUUAAUCUUCUACUGCCAUUUGCCUGCCUGAUGGCAGGCCAAGGCCUUGCACUGCACUUGAGUUUGACCCUUUGGAGAUAAGCCAAACACUUGGCAGUUGGUGGAGAAUACCUGUGCUUCCAAUCCUGUUCCUUGGUGCCUUUGCUACAAAAGAAGGAUGAAACAGAUUCAGCUUUGUCAGAGGUAAAAAAAGCUCCAUCAGGGUUUUAAAAUCACCUCUCCUUUUUUGUUUGUUUGGUUUAUGGCUUUUGUUGCUUUUGUUUUAAACCUAAUAAAGUGAACAAGUGAUCUUUUUAAACCUAACAAAGGGAACAAGCGAUCUUAAGGCUCUGGAGACCAGAUCUUGAUUAUUCCAGCUGACAAAUUUACUGCUUUCCAUUCAGUACAGCAAAAGGUAUUUUUCUAUUCAAAACUCAAUGUGAUUCUCAGCCAUCUGUAAACAGGUUUGUUCUGACUUAAAUGCUGUCUGACUUGGCAAAACUUUAGACUGUUGCAGUUGCUAAUAUAUGAUGACAUAAUUGAAUAAAGAUCUUUUCUCUUUA